AUGGCCUACCAAAGGGAAUGGACAGUUGUGAGACUGAGCUUCAUUGACUGGGCAGUAAAAGAAAGAAUUGCACCCAACGUGGAAGAGCAUGCAGUAGACCCGAUUCCUCUCACAGCUUUGUCAACAGGCGCGUGUGGUGCAAUGCAGCAGUCUGUUGAACGGUUGCGAGUUAGGUAAUGCCUUAUUUCAUGAUCAGAAUCUAAUUUCUUGUCAUAAUAUCAUACACGCUACAAACAUUUGGUAAAUGAUCAGAUUCUUUUCCCUUGUGAUAGUGCUAAGAUAUUAUCAAGCAUACAGGUCAUGAUCACAGUCUAAUGUCAUAUUAUCACUUCCUGAGAACAGUAAAAGAAUAUCUGCAUGCUGAAAUUUGAUUGUACUAUGUUUAAGUAAAGAGAGUUCUGGUUUUGCUGCCCUGAAGAGAAUAAUAAGAGAAGUGAAAAGGGGCCCAGUUGAUGAGAGUGGUAACAAAUCUCAGAUGAGAGUUCACAAGAAGAAAAAAGAUGCAAUGGUUUCCCCCAAAAAAGCCACCAAAUGGUUGGACAGCAUAUCUCAAUGAGAAAUUUAAAGAGGUUAGUUGACUUAACUUAUUAUAGAGAAUUCAAUAAAGUGAAAUAAUUUCUGAUGCUUUUACUUUUAAUUGCUUCUAGAGAGCGCAAAAUAAUCAGAGUCCUAGACGAAAAGAAAGGAUAACGUUCCUCAAAUCAAUUCAAAGCAUUGCAGAGGACUGGCGACAACUUUCUGACCUGGAGAAGAAAUACUAUAAACAGAAAGCCAUUGACCUCCAUUUGGAAAGGACAGAAGCGAGAUAUCAAAUUCGCGAGGAAACAUAA